AUGAGCAUGACUUCCAUUCUUCCCCUCAGUACCGCGGAUAGUGCUGCCUCGUCUUCGACAGCAAAAUUUGAUGCCGAAUCCUCUGAGCUCGCCGAGGCUGUGGCAGCUUUGAAGGUAGGCCGAGCAACACCGCCACCUAAACGGCCUUUGAUAGAUGCCAUAAAAGUUGGGAACAAUGGCCAGGUUGACUCAGGAUAUGCGUCGCACAGCGGAUCAAAGACUUCUACCCCUGGUGAUUCCACGUUCGUCGAUGGUGGAGUGGUUGUGGUCAAGGCUCCCCGAUGGUCCAUUGCUGGGCGGAAGAAGACGAAGCUCCUACACUUCGAAAAAGACAUACCUAGGUUGACUCAAAAUCGGUUUGAAGAUCUGCGAGAGUUGCAUGCCGACAAUCUCAUCAAGUUGACGCGAGGGCUGUCUAGGUGCAGAGGCAUUUUGAUGAGCUUGAAGGUCUUGGGCGAGAAUGAGUCAACGGCAGCACCUUGGGUCUUUAUUCAAUGCGACAAGGCAAUCGCGGGCAAAGUUCGACGUUUCUUCAAGCAGCCUUUUGUUGAGUCAGACUUCAAACCUGCACAUCCAAAUGCGCACACACCUAACUUCGAGGUAUACGUUUACGAGAUGCCUCCUCUCGCGCUGGGUUCUAAUUCGCAAUGCCCUCCCAUUGCUCGACCCGACCCCUAUGAUACCCGCGAAACGCCAGAAUUAUACUUCAAGGAGAAGAUACCCGGGUCCUUAUGUGGGUCCAAAAUCAUCGUUUCAAGUAGUGGACAACGACGAUCGGCCACAAUUGGUGGCCUAGUCUCAAUUCAAUGGAAAAGUGGCGACUGCCAGCUACUAGGAUUAACCGCUUGCCACUUCCUUGCCCAGGAACAACAUUUGGAAGACUUGGAGGAGGAGGAACAUACAGACGAUGAUCCGGACGAAGGGCCUUUUGAAGAUGGCCAGGAGUUUGAACUUGAUCUGGGCUCAUUAAAGUAUGGGGCUCCAGCACUUCCAGCAGAAAAUGCUGCUCAGCAUGAGAUGUCAGAAAACCUUGGGGCUGUUUUUGGCCAUAUCUUUAAGACUUCACUGGAUAGUCUUCAGGAUGGACCGAAUCUCGAUUGGGCCUUAUUUACAGUCGAAAAUAAGUCGCUGCUUGCGCCAAAUUUUGUUGGACAAGAAAUCACUCGAGUCGCCCAUCCAGACCAAAAUGAAACCCAGCAAGCAGUGCUUCUAUCAACUGCCACGAGCGGACUGGUACUUGGAACGUUGUCAAGUUCAUGGUCAUACCUUAUGCUUGCACCUGGAAAGAGUUUGGUAAGAACCAACGCUCUCAAAAUUCGGGAUCAUCCAGCACUGAUGUCAGGCGACAGCGGUGCCUGGGUCGUCGACUACCUUACUGGCGAACUGUAUGGCCACUUGAUUGCUUCCGAUGUGUUUGGUGUAGCGUACGUUAUCCCAAUCAACGAUAUAUUCCAGGACAUCCAGCUUCGACUAUCGCUAGAGGGGGUCAAACUUCCUGCUAGCCACCAAAGCUUAGCAGGUAAAGCUGAAGACGUGAUCAAAGUUCCUGAUGUUGGGCUCCAAGGUAUCAUCAUGGAUACGCCGCCUCUGGCGUCGCCAUCCCUCGCCGGACGCUUCACGGUCUGA